CGAUUCCUCUUUUACUUUUUGUCUUAGUACAAGGACGAACAAAAUGUUACGAGUUAUUUUCGAUAUAUUAUAACAAAAAGAAUAAUUAUUCAGAACCCUGAUUUUAAAAGUAUUAAAUGGGUGAUAGUUUAUUGUAUUAAAAUCUAAUAAUAAAAGGCUGAGAGGAGAACUAUGAAGAUUUGGACCUCAGAACACACUUUCAACCAUCCAUGGGAGACUGUAGCACAAGCAGCAUGGCGGAAAUAUCCAAAUCCGAUGAAUCCAGCCGUUAUAGGAAUUGAUGUGGUUGAUAGGAAAGUAGUGAACGGGAACUUAAUUACACACAGAUUAGUCAGUUCUAAAUGGUUCUUUCCUCGGUGGGCUCAAGCUCUUAUUGGAACAGCCAAAAUUUGCUAUGCUAGUGAAAAGUCUGUGGUGAAUCCUAAUGAGCGGGAAAUGACCCUAAAAACAACAAAUUUAACUUUUUGUCACUAUAUAGCUGUUGAUGAGAGUGUUAAAUACACACCUCAUCCUACAGAUUCAAGCAAAACUCUACUAACACAAGAAGCUGUUGUAACUGUACAAGGAGUUCCUCUUAGCAGCUAUAUGGAAGAUCUUCUCGCAAAUAAAAUAUCAUUAAAUGCUGGGAAAGGUCGCCAGGCUAUUGAAUGGGUAAUUGGCAAGUUGGAUAGUGAAAUUAAAGAACUUGCUAAUAGUGCAUGCAAAAGCACAGAUGAACUGCUUUCGCAAACAAAGAAGUCCAUUGAUGACAUUACAUCAACAGCUAGAAAGUCUAUGGAUGAUAUAUCAACUAAAGCGAAAAGGUCCCUGGAUGAUAUAGAGAAGUUAACAAAAACUAACGCCAAUCAACGAAGCUGAAAAGAGGAGUAACCUUUGUUUCGGGGCUGAAUGGCUUGACUUAUAGUGAUGAGAUUUUUCUCAUGUAAUUAAAUGACAUAAGCCCAAAUGGACUCAUAAUCAUUAUGCAUUAGUAUAAUAGUAUCAUUGAUCUUAACACUGAAUGUAAUAUGUUUGUUGAAAAGGAAAUUGAAUUUUUAUUUAUUGUAGUCAAUACCUAGUAUAAUUAUUGUUCAAAGUGUACAUUUCUUUAGUAUGUAAAUGCAAGAAUCAUAACAAAGCUAUCAGUAAAUCUAGCUAAUAUCACAUUAACCUGUUAGAUUAUGAAUUUUUAUGGGUUUUCCUGGGUGUAACAGUAUCAUUAAAUUUAUUUAUAAUAAAUUUUUUGUUGCCUUCUAUAAUAUAUCAUUUGCUUGCA